CUGUAAAUUUCCUUAUUUUCUGCUCCCUUGGGCUUUCAUAAAUUCAAAACCUCUUCCUCUCACCACCGAGUCUCUCUUCUCAUUUCCUGCCGACCACAGUCAAUUUCCCCCAAUCUCUCGAGAAAGAUGGCCGACUCCGAUGCUUUUCACAUCGCUGUAGGCAUUCCGCAGCCUCCCGAUAUCGACGAUGCGGACUUUGCCUCAGGGCUAAUGCUUGUUGAUUCUGACGAGCGUGUCACCCUCAAAUGUGGCAAAAAGGUCUUCAAAUUCAGCAAGCCUAAGCUGGUCAAGGACUCUGAAUACUUCAGAGCAUGCCUCAACAAAUCCAACUUCGUCGAGGGCAGAACUUCCGUCAUCGAAUUCGACGACAUUGAGCCAGAGCUUCUCGAGACUUACCUCGAAAUCGUCGAUGUUACAGAUACGUGCGAUCCAAUCGACGUCGAGGAUUUCCUAGUCAGUAGCGAGUGGGACAACGAAGCUAUGGAUGACAUCAUUCCCAUGAUCGAAAUGUACCGACUUUCCGAUCGUUUCAUGAACGAGUCUAUACGUGUCAAACUGAGCCAGUCGAUUCUGGAGUGCAUGCAGAAGGGAACAGUCACAAAGGUCAAUAAGUCAUUGCCAGAGGGUAUCAAAUGGUUGUACAACACAUACAAGAUUGCAUAUGACACCUUGGAUCCCAGCAUUGCCGACGAGGCCAAUCUCCAGUCCGAGAUUGCGAAGGUUUGCUGCCAACAAAUCGACAUGGAUAAAACCUACGCUUUAGCCCGCACAACUCCCGAGAGCGAGGCUUUUCUGGAGGCCGUGCUGAUGGCCACGACUCAACGUAUGGCUGCUCUCCUGCAGCAGACCAGGUCUCUCAGCACGAAGGUCGAGCGUCUUGAAACGGAGAACCGGAUAUUCACCGGGAUUGGAUACUUGAGAUAUUACACCGAUCUCGUGGAAGCCUUCUCUUACUCCUACCAUGAUCAGAUGCACGACGGCGAUUCCAUUUCGAGAGAUUCUGAAGGAGAUGAUGACGAGGAAGAUGGAGAGGACGACGGUGAUGGCGAGGGCGAUGAGUAUGACGAGGACAACGAGGAUGAUGAGGACGAAGAAGAUGACGACGACGGUGAUGAUGAUGAGGACGGAGAUUGUGGCGAAGACGGCGUGCGCCGAGAUCAUUGAGGACGGGGAUUACAGCUCAUUACUUGAGCAUUGAAUGAAGGUGGAUAGUUGGAGGUAGGAAACGAUCCAGGUUCUCUGUGAUUGGGCUAUUGACUCGUUUUUCGAACUCAACAAAAUAGAUCAAGACCUUAGAAUACGAUCCUCUCAUAACCCUCACGAAACACUCUCAAGACUGUGAGGAACUAUGGAGGCGACUGGGUACUUACGCAAUGAUCAUUAUCCAACCUCUUCUUCCGUAUCCGCAGCUUUGACGUACGUACUCGCUGAGUUCUUGAGAUCUUCAGCGCCUCUGUCGCCAUGCCCGUCAACAGUCGAGCCGGUCAGUUAAUUGAGGAGCAUGUUUAAGUAAACCAACAGUCUCGUGUGAGUACCUAAUGCAUAG